CCUGCUUUCAUCAACUCUCCUACAUUAGGUAAUUUACGACGCCCUUAAUUCCGGGCCAACUACUCUUCACUCUUCACUCUCAACUGUGAAGUAUCCAUCAUGGAUUUAGGAGAAGCAGGCGAUUCACCUUGGGGUGAUGUCCCAUCCCAAUCAGCUUCGAUAUCUCCUACCUUCGACCAAGAGGAAAGUUCUACCAAGACUCAAGAUGCUGAGACCUCGCAGCAAUCGCAAUCCUCUGUUAAGUCAUCCGCCGGUCGCCCUUCUAGGGGUCCAGUGCGUCGCCUAGUAGCCCAGCCGACAAAACUCGAAGCCGUCGAUGAUCCUCUAGGUCCUCUGGGUCCUUUAGGGGCCACUGCUGGACCAGGCGCAGAUGCGCAGGCUGAUGAACCGCCAGCUCCGCCGCAGAAGGAACAGAUGGUAAUUCGAACAACCAUGCCACCACCGGCGCAAAAGAGACCGGGACCUGCGGAUCCUCACCAUAUUGACGAUGAAGAGUUCGAUCGCCCGCUUGGCCCAAGAGCUCCUCCUCCCGUACAGGCUGCGCAACCAAGCCCGAUCAGGCCCACGAGUCAGCCUAGCGUUAGCAUAGAACAGGCAGCUAAGCCUAUCUUCCGUAUUGCUGUCGGCGACCCGCAUAAAGUCGGAGACUUGACGAGUUCACAUAUUGUCUAUUCCGUUCGUACGCAGACAACAUCGAAAGGUUACAAGCAACCCGAGUUUGAGGUUAAGCGACGAUACCGUGAUUUCCUAUGGCUUUAUAACACAAUGCAUGGAAACAACCCCGGUGUUGUUGUACCGCCUCCUCCUGAAAAGCAAGCUCUUAACCGCUUUGAGAGUAAUUUCGUCGAGUCUCGUCGAGCCGCUCUAGAAAAGAUGUUAAACAAAAUUGCCGCACACCCGACGCUUCAGAAUGAUCCCGAUCUGAAGCUGUUCCUAGAGAGCGAGUCCUUUAAUGUCGACGUCAAGCACAAAGAAAGGAGAGAUCCCAUACCCGGGGAGAGUAAAGGCGUUCUGGGAUCGCUUGGUAUCAAUGUCGGAGGCGGUAGCAAAUUUGUCGAACAAGACGAUUGGUUCCACGAUCGACGAGUUUAUCUGGAUGCUUUGGAAAAUCAGCUUAAGGCAUUAAUGAAGUCUAUGGAUGUCAUGGUCAACCAACGCAAAGCUAUGGCGGAAGCAGCCGGCGAUUUCUCUGCCUCCUUACAUGCUCUAUCCACUGUAGAGCUGAGUCCUACGCUUUCCGGGCCACUAGACGCCCUGUCGGAGCUGCAGCUUACCAUACGAGACGUCUACGACCGCCAAGCCCAGCAGGAUGUAUUGACUUUUGGCAUCACCAUCGACGAGUAUAUUCGAUUGAUCGGUAGCGUCAAGCAAGCAUUCGCGCAGCGGCAAAAGGCCUUCUAUUCGUGGCACAGCGCCGAAUCUGAGCUGCAGAAACGCAAGUCCGCUCAAGACAAGCUACUUCGGCAGGGAAGGUCGCAACAGGAUCGCCUCAACCAGGUUGGUGCCGAAGUGGCGGACGCCGAACGUAAGGUUCAUCAGGCCAGGCUGCUUUUCGAGGAUAUGGGGAGAUUGAUGCGAUCUGAGCUCGAUCGUUUCGAGAGAGAAAAGGUGGAAGAUUUCAAGUCUUCUGUCGAGACUUUCCUAGAGAGCGCCGUCGAAGCGCAAAAGGAGUUGAUUGAGAAGUGGGAGACGUUCCUAAUGCAGCUAGAUGCUGAGGAUGACGAGACUGUAUUCUACCGUCCGCCUGUAUACCAGGGUAAUGAUAAGUCUACGGGGCGCGGAAACACCGCAAUAGAUCGAGCACGGGCUACUAUCGAUCAAGAUUCAGACUAAUAAAAUUAUAUGGUCAUCUUUAUAAUUUGAUAUCUUUUUUUAUACGAUUCAGAUGGCGAAGAUUCAGUCGAGGCUUUGGACAGAUGUAUACAUAGUUGUACAAAUGAUAUAGGAGAAGAGGCAUUCAGUUGCCCUUCACUCCUUAAUCGCUAGCAGCUCCUUCAUCAC